GUUGUGGUCAAUAUUUCGGGUAGCUGCCAGCAAAAAAACAAGGGCAUCGAGUUUCAUCCACUAACGCAUCCAACCAAUGGCUAAAUUGACUGCUCCAGGACGAACUCGAGGCGUUGACCCUGGUACACCGAACGUCGCCGACAUCCAACGUUUACCCGUUGAGUUACACGGUCAGAUAUGCCACUAUCUUUCGCCAGAGGACAUGGCAGCUCUGAGCCGUGUCUCUUCAUACUAUCUCUCUAUCUGCAAGCCCUUCUUGUAUCGGGACGUUCACCUCUCUGACAAAGCCGCUAAAGCAAGAUAUGAAUUCGGAGACGGCUACGAGUCCGAGGACGACGAAAAAUUCCUGGCACUCGCAUCGGAACACCCAGAGAUGAACAAGAAGACGACGUUCCAACUUUUUCGCGAUACAGUUAUGGCUCGUCCGGAUCAUUUCGGACCCCUCGUCAAAUCUCUCCACCUCACCGGUUACUACUACGACAUUCGCUUCGACAAGGAGUCGACAAUAACCCUCUUCCGAGCUCUAUGCAACGUCAUCACUCUUGAAGUAGACAGUGAAGAGAAGGAUAAUGAGGAAGGGGGCUUUCUCAUAUUUCAUGAUCUCCACGCGGACGUGUUUCCUAGAUUGCGCGAAUUUCAUACCUCGACCAGCCCGUUUGAGAAUCCUGGGUAUCAGGAUUUUUUAGAUUCGCAUCUCGAGCUCAUUCGGUGGCACUUUGACGGUUGGACGAGUUUCCCCAUCCUUACGACUCCAGGGCUCGCUCGCAUUCGACACUUCUCCUCCGCAAAGCUCCCAGACAUGCAUACGCUCAUGCAGCUCCUGCGCACGAUGCCCAAUCUUACUCACCUUUCCAUCCCUGGGUGCUUUGAUAACGAAGUACCUGAACAUCUCGAAGCGCUGUUGAAUUACUUCGCCAAUUUCGGAGCAGGCAUUGUCGAAUUAUCCAUGUGCUCCGAGCUUAGCGAAACCUUCGAGACAUUCGAAUGCCUACUGCGCCAGGUCGUCCCAUCACUCCCUGCCCUCCGUCGUUUCAAUUUCAUUACCGACCUGUUUCCCGAAGACAAUCGGCGCUAUACUCCCGUCGUACCAAGCACCAUAGAUUCACGUCCACUGCUUGAUAUAUCGUUUCCUCCUCAUUUGGAAACCAUCGAGUGGACCAUCUGCACUACCGAUUUUUCUCCUCCUCCCGUUCUUGGUCCACCGUUCAUAACGAGACAAGGGUCUUCGAAUGCCAAGGAACUGUUCUCUAUUAUUCGCUCCUUGCGCACGGUGAUAUACCGGGAGCAUGAGUUCGAAUUCUUAUAUACAGCUCUCGAUGGAGGGAAAAUCCACGUCAGCCCGGAGGAAAGAUUUCACAGAGUCGAAGACAGCGAAGAAGACGAAGACGACGAAGACGACUACUACUACUACUCAUGGAGUCUUGGUCGGGUCCCGUAUUGGCUGCUAGGAUAGAAAUCGGGGAAAUCGCCCACAUUUAUCGUCACCGGAGGUUGCAGGAUUUUGGUGGCAACGUUGCACAAUACCAUAUUGACAGACACUGAUGGUGCUA